UUCGACCUCAGUCUGAGCAACAACAGAGAGAGAGAGAUGUCGGUCCAUUUUCUGCUGCUGUCGAUCGCCCUCAGCUGCUGCUGUGCUGCUCAAGAUCCUUCUGGUCCUCCAUCAGUCCAUCUGAACUCUGGCUUUCUGCCAAACCAAAGUGAAGUGGUUCUGACUGCCAGGUCCAACUUCUCCCUCAGUUGCCAUGGUAAUGGCCCAGUCCACUGGUCCAGCACAGCAUUUCGCCUACUGUACCACAACGAACUGCCAAACCCAGUCAAGGUCAGGAGCGCAGACCCCAGGCACACUGGGACAUACCAUUGUGGAUACACCAACCAGAGCCUGAAACACCUUGACACCUGGAUUCACCUGUAUGUCAAAGACCCAUCCAACCCCUCUAGUGUGUUCGUCACUCCUCGCAGUGUCCCUGACGUCAGAGAAGGUCAGGACUUCCUGUUCAAAUGUCUGCUGACUGACCCAUCUGUCAAAAACCUCACCCUCCAAUCAGAGGGCAGUGCUGGGACCAGGGGACAGGGUCUGCCACAGGGCAUGAAUGUGACCAUUGACCCCCGAAGAGGAGCCUUAAUCCGAGACCUGCAGAGAUCGUUCAGUGGACGCUACAUCUGUUCAGGCUGGAAAGAUGGGAGACAAUUGAAAUCCAGUCCUAUCAACCUGCUGGUGGUCCCCAGGCUACAUCAUCCUCCCUUCCUGUCCGUCAGCCAGGAUCAAUUCAUCCGACUGGAAGGAGAAAAGUUUGAGGUCACAUGUAUGACCAGUAACCCCUCCCACGACUACUAUGUAACCUGGACACACCGGAAUACACAGAUGCUAAAUGUCACCGUCCAACGUUACUAUAGCAACCCUCGCCUGUACAUCAACAGCACUCUGAUGUUCUCUGCUGUCAGUCAAAAACACAGUGGGAACUACACCUGUACUGCGUUCAACGAAGCUGGCAUCAUCACAGCAACCACCCAGCUCAGAGUACUGGAUGGUCCCUACCUGAGGAUCUCCCUGCAGCCAAUGCAGCAUGCUAAUGCUAACACCAGGAACACAGAAGUCAAUGGAGACCUGCUUGCCGGAGAGCUAGAAGCUAACACAAGCAGUGGUUCAUUGGAAGUGAAUGGGGAAAUCACUGAAAACAGAACAACUGUGAAUAGCGUCAGUAGUGCUAAUAUUAGUGCCAGCACCAGGGUGGAGGUGUAUGAAGGUCAAGAUGUGACACUGACUUUUCUGAUGGAGGCAUAUCCUCCAAUCAGAGACUGGCACUGGACAACACCAGCACACGUCAACAAUGACAACAACACAGUGUACCAGGAGAGCUACACCGCUAAUGGCUACAGGUCAAAGGCCAGCCUGUCGCUGCGGCGUGUCCGUCAGGAGGAUCGAGGUCGAUACUCAUUUCAUUUGUCAAACUCGUUCUUCCGCGGCUCACAGAUUGUUGACCUCCGAAUCUACCGUUCUCCAAAUGCUGUCAUCACUCUGGUGAACAACACUCUGGCCUGCACCAGCCCUGGAUAUCCACUACCCACAAUCCUCUGGUACAUCUGCCCUGGUGUUCAUGACACGUGUGCCAAUGUCUCCACCUAUCAGGUGUUUCCUGGUAAUGUGACCUCACAGGAGGAGGAGGAGGAGGAGGAGGAGGUGACAAGACACCUCCCCCUGUCACCUGGUGAUGAUGUCACUGUUGAGUGUGCUGCCUACAAUAAGGUGGGGAUGUCGCGUGACAUCUUUAAGCCUCUGCUUUUAGGCCCUGUUGUUAAACCUCCAGCGUUAGUCACGCCAGCUCUCACUGGUCUUCUGAGUGCUGUCGCCAUCCUCCUCCUGCUCCUACUGGUCGUCUUUUACAAGUGGAGACAGAAACCCAAAUAUGAGAUUCGCUGGAAGAUCAUUGAGAGCACCAAUGGAAACAACUACACCUUUAUUGACCCCACCCAACUGCCGUACAACCACAAGUGGGAGUUUCCUCGAGAAAAACUCCACCUCGGUGCUGUUCUGGGAUCGGGGGCGUUUGGGAAGGUCGUUGAGGCGAGGGCGUACGGUCUGGGAACCGACAACAAUGUCACUAGAGUUGCUGUCAAGAUGCUCAAACCGAGUGCUCACUCGGAGGAGCGUGAAGCUCUGAUGUCUGAGCUGAAGAUCCUCAGCCAUCUUGGUUACCAUGACAAUGUUGUGAACCUACUGGGAGCCUGCACUCGAGGAGGCCCCAUGCUGAUGAUCACAGAGUACUGCAGCCAUGGUGACCUGCUCAACUUCUUGCGGGCUCAUGCUCAGGACUUCCUGGUGUCCAUUUUGAGGGUGGACGAGGUAGAGGAGGAGGCCUUCUACAAGAACAUGGCCGCGCAGCACACCAGGCUCAGGAGUGAUAGUGGCAUCUCGUGCUGUUCAGAGUAUCAGGAAAUGCAGCUGGUUCUGAGUCCAGGACAGCGCCACCAGGGUGUGCAGACAGACAGUCUGACUGUCACUGACCUCAUGAGGAUUUCGUACCAGGUGGCUCAGGGUCUGGACUUCCUGUCCACCAAGAAUUGUAUUCACAGAGAUGUGGCAGCGAGGAACGUCCUGCUGACCGAUCGCCGUGUUGCAAAGAUCUGCGACUUUGGUUUGGCUCGAGAUAUUCGCAACGAUGACAGCUACAUCGUGCAGGGAAAUGCCCGUCUCCCGGUGAAGUGGAUGGCUCCGGAGAGCAUCUUUCAGUGUGUUUACACCGUGCAGAGCGACGUCUGGUCUUAUGGAGUCUUACUCUGGGAAAUCUUCUCUCUGGGUAAGAGUCCAUAUCCAAAUGUUGCUGUGGAUUCAAAAUUCUACAAGAUGAUCAAAGAUGGCUACCACAUGGCCCAGCCAGACUUCGCUCCAGCAGAGAUGUAUCAGCUGAUGACUCUCUGCUGGAGUCUGGAGCCCACCGACAGACCAACUUUCAGAACGGUUGCUCAGCUUAUCAACAGGUUCCUCCCCUCUACCAAUGACAAGUCACCACAUCACAGCCACCAGUUGAUGUACAGAAACAUCAGCGAAUGCAGAGAAGAAGAAGAGGAGGUCAGAGGAAGAGAAACACUGAAGAGAGAAGAAGAAGAGCACCAUCAGAGAGAGCACCACAAUAAUAAUGAUGAGGAGGAGAAGGAGCUGAUGAUGAAGAACAUCUACCAGCUGUCCUGAUUGUCCAACUGGAAUAUGUUCUCAUGUUUUUAAUUCCUACUUUUCAUUUGUGGAUGGAUGAAUGCUGAUCCGAUUAUACUGAGGAGGUGACUCAUCCUCAUUUGAAACCCCCCUUGACUAACAGCGAUGUAAAGAAGAAACAUCUAUUCAACAGUGAGCCUGGACAAAUCCAGCUGCAAAACUGUCAUGAAUGAGUGAAGGCUGAUCUGAAAACACCAUCUGGACUCAGUCUGCCGCUCUCUGUUGUCAUUCUGCUCUGACUGCUCAGGUGUUUUCUGACAGACCCAACGACAUCUGUGAUUUGUUUCCACACAUUGGUCUGCUUUGUCUUCGUAACCUCACAGAGAAUUAAGAAGCCAGAGUUCAAAUGCUUGUGUAGUUACUCUGUGAGUGUGUUCUUGGGUCUCAUUCACUGUGUUUACAUGCAUUUCAGUGAUGGGCUACAGUCAGCUUUGUCCAGUCAGCUCAUCCUUCUUCACUGACAGCUGAAACCUAAUUUGGAUCCUGUAGUUGGCAUAGGGAAGUUAUGUACUCUGGCAGCUACACAACGUCCAUUUUAUUUCACUGACUUUGGUGUUAAUGUGUUUGAGUUCGGCAAUGUCUAGCAAGUUUAUUUUUAAUCAUCUGUAACCUGAAAUAUUUUUACAUUUUUAUUAAUCUGGUUAUAGUGUGGCCGACUUUGUCCUGAUCAGAAGUGUGUUUUUAUAUUUUGUUACCUGUGCUUUUAUAAAAAUAACCUGAAACUAACAACAGACUGACCCAGUCUGGAUGAUUUGUUAAAGGCUGUUUUCACCUUCAGCUGCUGAAUGAGGACACAUUCUCCGAGCUCACCUGAAAUCUCAGUGGAACACCUGUUUCACACCUGAUAUUUACAGAGUCAUAGAUUUUAAUGAGGGACAAGAAAAAUGAAAGCAUGAAAACUAUAGCAGGCUGUCAGGAUACUAAGACCAGACCCUGUGCUAUUGUGGAUGGUUUCAGCUCAAAUACUGAACUUGCAAAUCCUCUUAAUCUUUUUUUUUUUUGUCAGUUUGAUACCUUCACAGGCCGGCUGCUUGUAGGUUAGACCCGGUCAGGUAAACAAGUCCUGUACUGUACAGGGACACAAAGCCUGGUCACCUGGUCAUGAAAUAGGAUUAGCCCUUUUCUUCCACAGGUUAAGGAGUAACAGGGAGUUUUUCCUCCCCACUGUCACCAAGUGCUUGCUCAAGGGGGAUUUGUUGGGUUUUCCCUAUGUAAUA